UCCAAUAAUUAAAAAUAAUAAUAAAUCCAAAAUGAUAUCCCUCGCAAAUGCUCCUCUGCUGCUCCACGGCCGAGACCACCAUCUCCCUACAAAGCGUCGAACUCCGUUCACCGUUCGGUCAUCGUCGAGUCUCCAAGAGAUCGAUAAAUCGCCGACGACGGCGGAAGAUAGUAAGCUGAGAUCGGAGCUUUGCGCGUUGGUUCCGUUUCCGCCGAUAAAAGCAGCGAAGAGAGUGGUGCUGGUUAGACACGGGCAGAGCACGUGGAACGAGGAAGGUAGGAUCCAAGGGAGCUCUAAUUUCUCUGUUUUGACUAAGAAAGGUGAAGCUCAGGCUGAGACUUCCCGCCAAAUGCUCAUCGACGAUUCCUUUGAUAUUUGCUUCUCCAGCCCUCUGAUUCGGUCAAAAAGAACAGCUGAAAUCAUAUGGGGGACACGAGAAGACGAGAUAAUAACAGACUCUGAUUUAAGAGAAAUCGAUCUUUAUUCAUUUCAAGGCCUUUUAAAGCAUGAAGGGAAAGCCAAGUUCGGCCCUGCUUUUCGGCAAUGGCAAGUCGAUGCUGCGAAUUUCAACAUCGAUGGUCAUUAUCCCGUAAGAGAGUUAUGGGGUCGUGCUAGGAAUUGUUGGACUAAAAUCCUUGCUCAUGAAAGCAAAUCUGUUCUUGUGGUUGCUCACAAUGCUGUUAAUCAAGCUCUUGUUGCUACAGCAAUUGGAUUGGGAACCGAGUACUUUAGGAUUUUACUUCAGAGCAAUUGCGGCGUAAGUGUGCUCGAUUUCAUCCCACAUCCCGAUGGAGGGUCUCCGCUUAUCUGUCUCAAUCGUUUAAACCAGACACCGGGAUCACCUGUUGCUACCGGGAGCUCUGCGGGAAGAAGGACCAGUAGACGGAUUAUACUCGUUUGUCAAGGAUCAACACAAGAUUCAGAGGCCACUGUUUCAAAGUUAGGUGAUCAACAAAUGAACAUGCUUGGGGUUAUACAGGCCCAGAAAACUGCCGAGCUGCUUCUCGAUCUGAAGGUGAGUACCAUAAUUAGCAGCCCAAACAAUGCCUGUGCUCAAACAGCAACUAUCAUAUCCCAAGUACAAGAAGCUGCUGAUUGCUUGGGCGCUGAUUGUGUUCCUCGGUAUGUUGAAAUGAAGAAUAUACCGGACCUUGAUGUUGCCGAAAUCUUUCAGCCAUCGACAAAGGACACAACCGAUAUUUCAUAUCUACGCCCUGGUUGGUUAAAUGGAUUAGACGAUACAGUCACAUCAGCACUACGGGAGCGAUCUGGACAAGCCUGGCAUUCAUUGCUCACCGAACUAUCUGACGAAUCUGAGGAAGAAAAGAUCGUUGUUGCCGUAGCUCACCCCGUAGCGCACAUAGCGUUGAUAGGACACUGCCUAAACCUUACAGAAGAAUGGCUGGGAUCAUUCCAUCUUGAUGCAGGGAGUAUUAGUGUCGUAGAUUUCCCUGACGGUCCAACUGGUAGAGGCAUUAUCCGGUGCAUAAACUACACUGCGCAUCUAGGGAGAUGGUCUAUACCGAUUACGAGAUCAACGGUGGACGAUGAUUCAUUUUAAUUGUCAAUAUGUACAUAGAUCCUACAUACUUAUCUGGUACAAGAAACUUUCACUACUGAAUUAUUGAUGAUGUAUAGGCAGUGUAAUUUAAAAUAAAUAUUAUAAAGUAUGAAAUAUAUGACAAUAUUUUAAAUUUUUUUAUAUAA